CGUCAGGAUGCCCCCAACACUCUCAGAAGCUCAAAAGAAGGAACUACAUGAGACAGCCCUACGCAUCGUUUCUCCAGGGAAGGGCAUCCUGGCUGCAGAUGAAUCAGUUGGGAGCAUGGGCAAGCGGCUGACUCAGGUCGGAGUGGAGAACAGCGAGGAGAACCGCAGACAGUUUAGGCAGAUCUUGUUCAGCGCUGACGAUCGCAUUAACAGCUGCAUUGGAGGAGUGAUCUUUUUCCAUGAGACUCUUUAUCAGUACUCGGACAGUGGUGUGUCCUUUGUCAAAAUGAUCAGGGAUAGAGGAAUCAUGAUUGGUGUCAAGGUUGACAAGGGUGUUGUUCCUUUGCCAGGAACUUGUGGGGAAACUACUACUCAAGGUCUGGAUGGGUUGUCGGAGCGGUGUGCACAGUAUAAAAAAGAUGGGGCUGUUUUUGCAAAAUGGCGUUGUGUGCUCAAGAUCAGUGAUACCAAUCCUUCACAACUGGCUAUCUCCGAGAAUGCCAAUGUACUUGCACGGUACUCCAGUAUUUGUCAGCAGCAAGGUAUUGUGCCCAUAAUUGAGCCUGAGAUUUUGCCAGAUGGGGAUCAUGAUCUGAAGCGUUGCCAGUCUGUUACUGAAAAGCUUCUGGCGGCAGUCUACAAAGCCAUGUCAGAGCACCAUGUUUACCUGGAGGGCACUUUGCUUAAACCCAACAUGGUCACCCCUGGACACAGCUGCCUCACAAAGUACAGCCCAGAGGAGGUCGCAAUGGCUACACUCACUGCAAUCCGGCGCACUGUACCCCCGGCAGUCACAGGAAAGUAUACACUAAAGCCAUGAGUGGCUUUUCUCUCUGGUGGUCAGGGUGAGGAGGAGGCGUCAGUUCACCUCAAUGCCAUCAACAACUGUCCUCUGCCGAAACCCUGGAUUCUGACCUUCUCUUUUGGGCGUGCCCUUCAGGCCUCAGCACUUAGAGCCUGGAGAGGGCACAAAGAGAAUGCAAAAGCUGCCACUGAACAGUUCAUUCGAAGAGCAGAGAUUAACAGUCUUGCAUGUCAGGGCAAGUACAUUGGUGAUAGCCACGCUGAAUCUGGGCAACCGAUUUACGGCUCCAUGUAUGCAUACUGAAUAGUGCAAGUGCUUCAUACACGCUUUCUGUAGUAUGUAUUCUGGUGAAACAACCCUCAUACUAACAGUUGGAAUAUAUAAGCCUUGCAAUCUGCCUCAAUGAAAU